GUGUAGGGUUUGGGACACAGCCUGUGCUGUGCGCGAGCUUUUCUUCAGAUCUCGGCGUCACAGCUGACGGUCGAAGCUACAAAAGCUUGAAGCACGCGCUCGGAUAGACUUAGAGCACGCGAGAGCGACAAGUCUGACUAAAAUGUUGAGAAGCGCAUCUUUGUUCGUUUUGUUCGCUGUGGCUGUCUGUCACGCUGAGCAGCUGAACAGUAAGAGUAAGGUGUGUGCAAAUGUGUUUUGUGGAGCAGGACGAGAAUGUGCUGUGACAGAGAAAGGAGAACCCACUUGCCUGUGUAUUGAGCAAUGUAAGCCCCACAAGCGGUCAGUAUGUGGCAGUAACGGCAAGACGUACCGCAACCACUGUGAGCUUCACCGUGAUGCUUGUCUGACCGGACUCAAGAUACAAGUGGCUUAUGAUGGACUCUGUGAAGAGAAAAAGACAGACAAGGUCACUGCCAGCCCAAUUGUGUGUUACCUUGCGGAUCGUAAUGAGCUGAGGAGCCGUGUGAUUGAGUGGCUGCAGACCGAGGUGGUUCCAGACGGCUGGUUCAGCAAAGGCUCCAACUUCAGUGAUGUCCUGCUUAAAUAUUUCCAGAACUAUGAUAAUGGAGAUGCUCAGCUGGACUCCACUGAGUUCCUCAAGUUUAUUCAGCACAACGAGACGGCCAUCAACAUCACCUCGUAUGCAGAUGAGGAGAAUAACAGAUUGCUGAGGAGUCUGUGUGUGGAUGCUCUGAUUGAGCUCUCAGAUGAGAAUGCUGACUGGAAACUGAGUUUUGAUGAGUUUCUCAAUUGCCUCAAGCCUGGCUUCAAUCCUCCUGAGAAAAAGUGUGCACUGGAGGAUGAGACGUAUGAGGACGGAGCUGAGACGCAGGUGGAGUGUAACCGCUGUGUCUGUGCCUGUGGGAACUGGGUCUGCACUGCUGUGACCUGCGACGGUUCAGAGAAGUUGCCUGCUUUGGAGGAAAUGGAUGGAAAUGACAAAGAGAUGACAGAGGAAGAGUGGAUCCGCAGAGUCGCUGAGCUCAACAAACACCAGGAAACUGUAGAGAAGAUGAAAGUGAGCACCAAGGAGGUCUAAGAGAAGAGCGAUGAUGCAGAAGAGCAGAUAAGAGGAGGAUGGAAGUGGACGUGAAUAGUCUGCCACUCUUACUCAGUCCACUGUAGUGAUUUCAUUUGUUUGUCCACCAGAAAGUGUGGUUUUAUUUUAUAUUUUUUCAUAUCAUUGUGUUAAUUAUUCUAAAUAUCAGUACGUACUGUUUUAAUGUUAAUCUUUUGAGGAGAUCUCAUAGAGACCUACUCUGUUUACUACGACUUUUUUUUUAUUUUUUAGAAAAUAUAUUUUAUACCACCACUUUUAAAAUGCUGUUGGAAGUUUCUUAGCAGUUGGGAAAGUUAGAGUGAAUGUGUGGUUGUGCUCACAGUACUGAUGAAUGAGCUAUAUAAUCACCUUAAUGAAUACUUGAAAAACAAAAGCAAUCCAAAAUCAGCAUGAAACGCUACAUCCCUGAUAAACAGCGCCAAGGCACUUAAGCUCUUUAUCAGAUAAUUUGUAAGAUGCAUUGUAAUUUUUAAUGUCUCACAUUAAUAAACCACCAAAGGACAGGCCAGGCUGUACCACACAGGUCAGAUUAAAUACUUUAUAGUCAGCUUACAUUAACACACCAAUUAAAAUGAUCAAGGUGUUGUAGGAAAUUCUUGAGUAUUUCCACAACCACAGGACCAGCCUGAGAAGAACAGCUUUGUGAAACUGUAGAUUGAAAGUAGAUUAAAAAGAUGAACAGGUAGAAACACAUUUUUUAUGAGUGGGUAUUCCCUUCUCUGGCUGAAAAGAAAUUGUAUCUAUAUUACUGAAUUCUAAAUUAUAUGCUUAAUUAUAAAUCGGUUAAUCAGUUGACAUCACUGUCUCCCUUUUGAUGUCCCUUUUGAUAAAAUGAUCCAAUAUGAUCCAUGCCAAAUCGGAUUAUUGUCCCAAUGAUAAUACAUUUUUCUUCGUUAAAUAACAGCACAUUUUUACAUCAGUGUAUCCAUUUAUAGGUUUAGAUUAUGUGGAUCAUCUGCCAUACAAGUCUCUGUGUAGGUUGUUGCUAUAGUAAUUCUAAUACAAAUGACAUCUGUAAAUAAAACAGCAUGUACUGUAUGUACACCAGAUACAGGAUCUACUGCUGAAUAAUGAAUCUUGAGCAUUUAUUUGAUUUUUGGAGGAAUUUGAUAUAUUGUAUGGUAACUAAAUGGUAUUCAGGGAAAUUUCUGGUCUCUAAGCCUUACUCACACACUUCCUGAAAUGUACAACUCAGUACAUUGUUGGGUAUCUCAGUGUAAUUUAUUUACUUUGUAUUCUUGUACACUUUGAUACACUACUGUUGAAUUGUUCAUUUUCAACAACCAACACAUCGGGCAUAAUGCCAAUAAACCAUGUACUGUAUCAAAAAUUA